CCUCAGCGGGCGCCACGACCAGGCCACAUCGCCUAACAAAAGCGGUACAUAAAGAGCGGAUUGCGGAGAGUGUUUUUUGAAGGCUACGAAGUACUCAUCGUGGCAGGGGUCUUGCAAACGGUUCACUAAUUCGCGUCAUCUUGUUGCACACAUUGAGACGCAAGUUCUCAAACAUCACACAUCCGCCAGCUACUCCAGCCUACGGGAUAAAAUGCCGUAUCCCAGGAUCGCGGUUAUAGGCGCAGGUCCAGGAGGAUGUAUGUUGGCACGACUUCUACACCAGUCUUCAAUACCGUGCACCAUCUUCGAAGGCGAAGCCUCAGUCAAUUACCGUUCCCAAGGUGGAAGCCUUGACCUUCGGAAAGCAACAGGACUUGCAGCCGUCAAAGCUGCUGGGCUCUGGGAGCAAUUCCUACAAUAUGCGCGCUAUGACGGCGAGAGUCUUCUGUUGACAGAUAAGAGCUUGACGACAUGGAUGCGGAGAAGCCCCGGGACCAAGGACAAACCCAACAGCUUACAGGAGGCACCUGAAAUCGAUCGCGCGGUGUUGAGAAAGAUGCUAGUCGAGAGUAUACCGGCAGAUUGCGUGAGGUGGGGUUGGAAACUUGCAUCCGUACGAGAGACUGCAUUGGCUGGGCUGGAGCUCUCAUUUACCAAUGGCGAAAGACUGUCCGGGUUCGAUCUGGUUGUUGGCGCGGAUGGUGCUUGGAGUAAGACAAGAACAUUCCUCUCACAAGACAAACCACAUUAUUCUGGACUGGGCGGGUGGGCCAUGCAGAUAUCGAAUGCAAAGGAGAUCGCACCACAAGCAUACGCAUUUGUCAAUCGCGGCAGUGUGUUUGCGUACAGUGAUGGAAAGAGCUUGUUGGGCCAGCAACUUGGUGACGGGACUCUCGAUGCGUCUCACUAUGGGCGGUAUCCUGAGGACUUUACCACUCAUUGUGGCUUUGAUGCGGGAGAUUUAGAAGCUGUCAGACACUUCUUGUUGGAAGAGUUGGAAGGCUGGUCACCUGAGCUCAAGAACUUGGUAGAAUCGGCCAACGAGGCUCCUGUCUGGCGGAACCUAUACGAAUUGCCCGUCGGCUGGACUUGGCCGCACAAGAAAGGCGUGACGCUCCUCGGCGAUGCUGCUCAUCUAAUGACGCCCUUCGCUGGCAUUGGGGUCAACUCAGCAUUCUACGACGCAAUGGAGCUUGCGAAGCAGAUAUCCACGUUCACUAAAUGUCAAAAGCCCGCCGAUUUGGAUUAUUAUAUCAAACAGUACGAAACAGCCAUGUUUGAUCACGCACAUCCAGCUCAAGCGCUCACUGAGGGCUCGAAAAUUGAUAUGCUACUCACACCCGGUGCACCACGAACUACGAUAGAGAAGUGGAUCCUGAGGCGCGUAAAAGGGGAGACCCCAUCUUGGGUCCACCCAAUCGUGACAGCGGUGGUAUACACAGGUUACUGGGUAUACAAACGGUUUGUCUGAGUCUACGUUCAGGACAAAUUCUCGCAGCGUGCCGAAACCUUCUAUCCGGACGAGCAUCCGAACAUGAGAUGAUAUAUUCAUUGGUUAGGUUCUUCCCACAUGAGAAAGUAGACACCAUACUUUC